AUGCGAGGGGCUUCGCAUAACUUGAAUUUUAUGAAAACAUUUAAAAAAGAAAUUGACACUUGGGGGGAAAAGGGACCAAAGACCCACCCGGGUUAUAUUAGAUUCUGCGUUAUAAUGGAGCACGUUAUAUUGAAUGUACAGUGUGCUUACAAAGAAAUGGGAGAUGCUGCGACAGAACGGAAGCCCUUGUUAUCGAAGUCGUCUGUAGGAGCAACCGGGCCACCACAUGAUAGAUAUACUAGUGAGCUUGCAAGUGUAUACCAUCAAGUGAAAGAGAAACUAAUAACGAACAGAAAUAGACACAACUCAAUAUCAAGUAAUAUCUCAUCAAACGAAUCAAGUCCGCUGUUGUGCGGUGCCGACAAAGACAGUGACGUUGGUUACAAACAUUACAUUACAUACGGCGGUAUAUGUUCAGGCGUAUCCGGAGUUUGGGGUUGCGAUUCCCAAGUUGCCGUUUCCAGUUUGGAACGAUCGAUUAAUGCGAUAGAAGAAAGGCCCGAUGAUGACGAAAUCGUGGAGAAUACAGACGUUUUGACGUGUUCACCAAAUACACAGCUUUACAGAUAUGGUCUACUUGUGUUCUUGUGUAUUGCAGGUUUAUGUGAAUACAUCACCAGUGAAAGUCCGUCGGCUCUUCAGAAGCACGUGGUUAAGGACAUUGACAUCUCCGAGACGCAGUACAUGGGCUUUUACUCCACCGUCCAGUGGGCGGAAAUCAUCUCAAGUCUCGCGGGAGGCUUUAUAGUGGACCGGAUCGGCAACCCCAUCAGUCUGGUUACCUCUGCCGGAUUGAUCACAAUCGCGCAAACUCGUAUCAAGUACUUUGGUGAUCGCUUGCGACAACUUGGUCGUGAAAUGGUUCCACAUGAAGGAGUUGAACAUGGUGCUGGGUUUGAAAAUCAGUUUUGCAAGGGCGGUAAGAUUUGA